GGCUCCGGCUCCGGCUCCGUCCCCCGCGUCCGUGGGUCCGUCCGUGGGAAGCUGGGCCCCGUCGCUCCGCCCCGCCCGGCGAUGCCAACCCGGCUCCUGCUGGCCCUGGCCCUGGCCCUGGGCCACCUGUCCCCGCUGACCGUGGCCACCUCCCCCUCCGGCUCGGCUUCGGGGCCGCCCGUCCACUCCAACGCCAUCAAGAUCGCCCCCCCGGUGGCCCCGGGGGCACCAGUGGCACCGCUGGCACCUCUGCCCGGGGGCACCGCGGCCAGUCCUGCGCCGCCCAAACACCAGCCCCUGGACGCCCGCAAGCCCGGCUCGCCCCGCUGCGCCGAGGACGGGCACUGCCCCCCCGACGAGUUCUGCGCCGGGCCCGGGGGCUCCCACCUCUGCCAAGCCUGCAGGAAAAGGCGCAAACGCUGCCUGCGCCACGCCAUGUGCUGUCCGGGAAACGUCUGCAGCAACGGAAUCUGCGUCCCAUCAGACCACGAUCACUUCCAGCAGCCGGAAAUUGACGAGACGGUCAUCGAAAGUUUCACUCGUGACCACAGCACCUUGGAUGUCCAUUCCAAAAGGACCACUUUGUCUUCAAAGAUGUAUCACUCCAAAGGCCAAGAAAGUUCAGUCUGCCUCCGAUCGUCUGAUUGUGCUGCUGGUCUCUGUUGUGCUCGCCAUUUUUGGUCCAAGAUCUGUAAACCAGUCCUUAAAGAGGGUCAAGUGUGCACUAAACACAGAAGAAAAGGUUCACAUGGGCUGGAAAUCUUCCAACGCUGUUACUGCGGAGAAGGCCUGUCAUGCAGAAUACAGAAAGAUCAUCAUCUAGCGAGCAAUUCUUCUAGACUUCACACUUGCCAGAGACAGUGAACACCUUGGGUGUGCCUUAGCAACAUGGACUCCUUUUACAUAAUAGACGCUCUGGGGACGUUUUGUGACACUUUUUUUUUUUUGGUCAGUUCAUCCUUAAGGAAAUACAAAUGUCAGUGUUUACAACUAAGCACUCCCAAGAUGAUGCCCUUUCUAAAGUUUGGAGUGCUGUUGCAUCUUUCGUUUCUUUACGGAACUAUCCAGUGACUUUUUGCAGUAAAUUACUGUGUUGUAAAUAUACAGUGUGGCACUUAUUUGUAAAUGUUUCAAGACUUUAAUUAUUUUUCUCAAGUGCUGCAUGGUUUCCAGUUCAAUCUUGUGAUGUAAAGUUUUAUAUACACUGGUUAGGUUAGCUUGGGUCUGAUAAAUACUUUUUAAUUUUUAAUUGAAUAAAUAAUUUCAAUUUCUACUUU